CAUGCUCAGUUUUACCGUGGCAGAUUAGACGCGUAAAGGUAUUACGGUCAGUGUUUGUUAUAGAUAUUACCGCCGAUAAACACCAAAUGGCGGGAGAGGGAAAACUUGGGCCUUGCAUGCAGUGCGUUCGAUGCAUGUUGUUCGUCUUCAAUGGUCUGUUCUGGCUUACAGGAGGUGGCCUGCUUGUUGUGGGUAUUUGGGCUCGCAUUCAGUUCAGUGAUUACAUGAAGUUGUCAAGUCAUGAUUACUCCACAGCAUGCUAUGUAUUGAUUGGUGCUGGAGCCCUUGUCAUAAUUAUUGGUUUCCUUGGUUGUUGUGGAGCCUAUAAAGAGCAAGUAUGCAUGUUGAAAACAUUUGCAGUGAUUCUUGGGUUUCUCUUCCUGGUUGAGCUUGGAGGUUCUAUUACUGGAUAUGUCUUCAGGGAAAAAAUUAAGAGUGGUUUCAGUGAGGGAUUGAGUGUUGCAUUGGAUGAAUACAGACAGGAUGGAUUUAAAAAGGCUUGGGAUGGACUGCAGUCAAAACUUGAAUGUUGUGGUAAUAAAAAUUAUUCAGACUGGUUCUACAAAGAAUGGACUACAGAUGAAACAUACAACAAUUCAGUGCCCCAUUCUUGCUGUAUCAAAGAUGAAGUCAGCUGUAACAUUAAUGUUACAAACCACCCAGCCACAGUCUAUUCAACAGAGGGAUGCUAUGAUGCUGCAGUUAACUUCUUUGAGGACAAGUUGUUAAUCAUUGGAGGUGUUACCCUAGGAAUUGCUCUUUUUCAGCUUAUUGGUGUGGGAUUGUCAUGUUGUUUGGCAAGCAGUAUCCAGCAUUCCAGUAAAUAUGAACUGGUUUAGUCAAUUUCGUCAUCCCACUUGAAUUAAUAAAAUGAGAAGCCUGGGUUUAUAAUUCUGAAUUAUGGUAGAAAAGUGCACUCAUGAAGUCUAAGGGUAUCAGAGAAGCCCACUGAGGGGUAGAUGCCUCACAAUUUUGCAUUGUCUUAUGUUGUGACAAUGUUGUUAAACCUACAGAAAUGAGUGUUGGUGAAAUGUUUAUUCUUAUCAAAUGUUGUUGCAGCAAAAAGUUUGUUCUAUGGUUUUUAACACCAUCUAUAUGUACUUUGCAUUAUGCUGACCUUGUUUAAGUAUAGUCUUGUGAGGUGGGGCUGGUUGGGAAAAAUAAGUGGGAUCAUUAAAAAGUCACUGCCUUAUCAGUAAAAAUCUGGUAGUCAUUUUUGAAUAAACAUCUGCUGCAUCACCAGGAGAAUGAAAUGCAGGUUUUAUAAAUGAAAAAAAAAUUUUUGUUGCUAAUUUUAAGCUUUCAAUAUUUAAAUAAAUUACCUCCUCCACCUACA